AUGGCGCCCGCUGCCUGUAGCUCGGGACCAAUGGUGGGCCCAGGAGAAAUGCCUAGCAUGGCUCUGGUUCCCAGCAGCCUCCUCGCCCCAGAUCCUUUUCUCCUGCCUCAUGAACAGGACCCUCUGGGGCAGCCCGGCCCCCCUCCCCUCUGCUUCUCACUCCCACCCAGCCUCCUCUUCAGUUCACUAACUCUUCUGCGGGCAGGGCUUCUUGGCAACAGAAGGGCUGGGGGCAGUGGCUGUCAUUCCCCAUCUGUGGGCAGGCGGUGGUGCGAGCGGACGGAAACCUUCCUGGUGGAGGAGGAAGUGACCCCCCGCCAGGAGGGCCUGGUGCCUUGCACCAGCCUCUACCAGUACCAGCGCCUGGGCUGGCGACUCGACCUGUCCCGGAGGGGACCUGCAGGGCUCUGUCCCAUCUACAAGCCCCCAGAAACCCGGCCUGCUGCAAGGAACCGGACAGUGACGGCUUGCUGCCCAGGCUGGGGGGGCACACACUGCACUCUGGCCCUUGCAGAAGCCAGCCCUGGGGGCCACUGCUUUGCCACACAGCAGUGCCAGCUGCAGCCAGGCUCAGCUAAUGCAUCUGCGGGAAGCCUGGAGGAGUGCUGUGCUUGGCCUUGGGGACACAGCUGGCGGGAUGGCAGCUCCCAGGCCUGCCUCAGCUGCCCUGGCCGACACCUCCCAGGCAGCGCUCCCUCUCCAGCCUCCCUGCAGCCCCUGGUGGGGGCCGUGGCCCAGUUCUGGAGCCAGCGCCAGCAGCCUGCGGCCACCUGCACCACCUGGUCAGGCUUCCACUACCGAACCUUUGACGGGCGUCACUACCACUUCCUGGGCCGCUGCACUUACCUGCUGGCGGGCGCUGCUGAUUCCACCUGGGCUGUCCACCUCACGCCCAGGGGGCAUUGCCCCCCACCUGGGCACUGUCAGCUGGCCCGGGUAACAAUGGGACCCGAGGAGGUGCUGAUCCAGGGUGAAAAUGUCUCUGUGAAUGGGCAGCUGAUACCUGAUGCGGAGUCUCGGCUGCUCCAGGGGCUGAGCCUGCAAUGGCAAGGGGACUGGCUGGUGUUGUCGGGGGGCCUGGGGGUCGUUGUGCAGCUGGACAGGUCCGGUUCAGUCUCCGUUUCUGUGGACUACGAGCUCCAGGGACAAACUCAAGGUCUCUGUGGGGUCUACAGUGGCCGGCCUGAGGAUGACUUCCUGGAGCCAGGAGGGAGACUGGCUGUGUUAGCUGCCACCUUUGGGAAUUCCUGGAGGCUCCCUGACUCAGAGCCUGGGUGUCUGGAUGCAGUGGAAGCGGCCCAGGGCUGUGAGGACCCCGUGAGAGGCACAGAGGCAGGCAUGGAGGCUGGCCAGCUGGAGGCUGAAGCCCAGGAUGUGUGCCACCAGCUGCUGGAGAGUCCAUUCAGGGAAUGCCAUGCUCAGGUCCCCCCUGCUGAGUACCACCAGACCUGCCUCUUUGCCUACUGUUCUGGGGCCCCAGCAGGCAGUGGGCGCGAGAGCCGGCGGGAGGCCGUGUGCACCACUUUGGCCAACUAUGCCCAAGAGUGUGCCAAGCACCAUAUCCACGUGGGCUGGAGGAAGCCAGGCUUCUGCGAGCGCCUGUGCCCUGGGGGCCAGCUGUAUUCUGACUGCGCCUCGGCCUGCCCGCCCAGCUGCUCGGCAGUGGGCGAGGGAGGGGAGGGGUCCUGCCAGGAAGCGUGCGUGAGCGGCUGCGAGUGCCCGCCUGGCCUCUUCUGGGACGGCGCCCUCUGUGUCCCUGCGGCCCGCUGCCCCUGCUACCACCGGCGCCAGCGCUACGCCCCUGGGGACACAGUGCGCCAGCUCUGCAACCCGUGCGUGUGCCAGGACGGCCGCUGGCUCUGCGCGCAGGCGCAGUGCCCCGCCGAGUGCGCGGUGGGCGGGGACGGGCAUUACGUCACCUUCGAUGGGCGGAGCUUCUCCUUCCGCGGCAGCCCAGGUUGCCGCUCCAGCCUGGUGCAGGACUUCUCCAAGGGGCAGCUGCUGAUUGUGCUGGAGCAUGGGGCCUGUGACGCUGGAAGCUGCCUCCACGCCAUCUCUGUCUCCCUGGGGGACACCCACAUCCAGCUCAGAGACUCAGGGGCCGUCCUGGUGGAUGGGCAGGAUGUGGGCUUGCCAUGGAGUGGGCCUAAGGGCCUCAGUGUCUCCCGAGCCUCCUCCACCUUCCUACUGCUGCGCUGGCCCGGGGCCCAGGUCCUCUGGGGAGUGUCUGACCCUGCAGCUUACAUCACUCUGGACCCGCGCCAUGCCCACCAGGUGCAGGGUCUGUGCGGCACCUUCACCUGGAACCAGCAGGAUGACUUCCUGACACCCGCUGGCGAUGUGGAGACCAGCGUUGCAGCCUUUGCUAGCAAGUUCCGGGUGGCAGGCGAGGGAAGGUGCCCCUCAGAAGACAGCGCCCCACUUCCCCCCUGCAGCACCCACUCUCAGCGCCAUGUUUUUGCCGAGGCAGCUUGUGCCGUCCUGCAUGGCCCAACUUUCCAGGAGUGCCAAGGGCUGGUGGACAGGGAACUGUUCCACCUGCGCUGCUUGGCAGCCGUGUGUGGCUGUGCUCCUGGCAAGGACUGCCUGUGUCCUGUGCUUGCUGCCUUUGCUCGUCGCUGUGCCCGGGAGGGUGUCCCGUGUCUCUGGAGGACCCAGACACUCUGCCCUGUCCUGUGUCCCGGGGGCCAGGAGUACCAGGAGUGUGCCCCGGCGUGUGGUCAAAACUGUGGGGAGCCAGAAGACUGUGGGGAGCUGGGCAGCUGUGUGGCUGGGUGUAACUGCCCCCCAGGGCUGCUAUGGGACCCCGAAGGCGAGUGCGUGCCCCCCAGCUUGUGCUCCUGCCAGCUUGGAACUCAACGCUAUGCUCCCGGCAGUGCCACCAUGAGGGACUGCAACCACUGUGUCUGCCAGGAGAGGGGCCUCUGGAAUUGCACUGCUCACCGCUGUGGCCCCCAGCGGACCUUCUGCCCCCAUGAGCUUGUCUAUGUCCCUGGUGCCUGCCUCCUUACCUGUGACAACCUGCGUGCCAACCAUUCCUGCCCCCCGGACAGCACAGGAAGCUGUGUCUGUCCCCCAGGCACUGUGCUGCUGAAUGAACGCUGUGUGCCUCCUGAGCUCUGUCCCUGCCGUCACGGUGGGCAGUGGUACCCGCCCAACGCCACCAUCCAGGAGGAUUGCAACAUCUGUGUGUGCCAGGGUCGGCAGUGGCACUGCACGAGCCGCCAGUGCCGUGGAUGGUGCCAGGCAUCGGGUGCCCCCCACUAUGUGACAUUCGAUGGGCUGGCUUUCACCUUCCCUGGAGCCUGUGAAUAUUUGCUGGUGCGAGAGGCCAGCGGCCAGUUCACAGUCUCAGCCCAGAACCUGCCCUGUGGGGCCAGUGGCCUCACCUGCACCAAGGCACUGACCGUGCAACUACAGAGCACCGUUGUGCACAUGCUCAGAGGCCGAGCAGUGAUGGUGAAUGGGGCGAGCAUAACACUCCCCAAGGUCUACACGGGCCCUGGGCUGAGCCUGCGUCGUGCUGGUCUCUUCCUGCUACUCACAACCCGCCUGGGCUUCAGCCUGUUCUGGGAUGGAGGCACCCGGGUCCUGGUGCAGCUGUCCCCGCACUUCCGGGGCCGUGUGUCUGGUCUGUGCGGGGACUUUGAUGGAGAUGCCAGUAAUGACCUGCGGAGCCGCCAGGGGGUCCUGGAACCCACAGCUGAGCUGGCUGCCCACUCCUGGCACCUGAAUCCUCUCUGCCCUGAGCCAGGAGAGCUGCCACACCCCUGCACCGUGAACGCCCACCGGGCCAGCUGGGCCCACGCCCGCUGCGGGGUGAUGCUGCAGUCGCUCUUUGCCCGGUGCCAUGCAGAGGUGCCCCCACAGCAGCACUACGAGCGGUGUGUGCAUGAUGCCUGCGGCUGUGAUUCGGGGGGUGACUGUGAGUGUCUCUGCUCGGCCAUUGCCACGUAUGCAGAUGAGUGUGCCCGGCAUGGGCUCUUUGUGCGCUGGCGCAGCCAGGAGCUCUGCCCCCUGCAGUGUGAAGGGGGCCAGGUGUAUGAGGCCUGUGGCCCCAUAUGCCCCCCCACCUGCCAUGACCAUGGUCCUGAACCUGGGUGGCACUGCCAGGCUGUCGCCUGCGUGGAGGGCUGCUUCUGCCCCGAGGGGACUCUGCUCCACGGAGGAGUCUGCCUAGAACCAGCUUCCUGCCCCUGUGAGUCAGGGGGCAGCUUUUUCCCCCCGGGGACUGUGCUGCAGAAGGACUGUGGGAACUGCACAUGCCAGGAAAGUCAGUGGCUUUGCGGGAGUGGCAGGACCCGCUGUGAGGAGCCGGUGCCCGGCUGUGUGGAGGGAGAGGCCCCGUGCCAGGAGAGUGGGCACUGUGUGCCCCACGGGUGGCUUUGUGACAACCAGGAUGACUGUGGCGAUGGCUCGGACGAGGAGGGCUGUGCCACCCCAGGCUGUGGGGAGGGGCAGAUGUCUUGCAGCUCCGGCCGCUGCCUGCCCCUGGCCCUGCUCUGUGACGGGCGGGACGACUGUGGAGAUGGGACGGAUGAGCAGGGCUGCCCGUGCCCCCACGACUCGCUGGCCUGUGCUGAUGGGCGCUGCCUGCCCCCCGCCCUGCUCUGUGACGGACAUCCCGACUGUCCCGACGCUGCUGAUGAGGAGGCCUGUCUGGGGCAGCUGAAUUGCACUCCUGGGGAGGUGACCUGUGUCGAUGGCACCUGCGUGGGGGCCAUCCUGCUGUGUGACGGAACCUGGGACUGCCCAGAUGGAGCCGAUGAGGGACCCGGGCACUGCCCCUUCCUUUCGCUGCCCACUCCCCCCGCUGGCACUUUGCCGGGCCCCUCCGCUGGCUCUGGGGAGACUGCACCAACUCCCCUGGCCAGUGCCAGCCCUGCGCCCCCCUGCGGCCCCCUCGAGUUUCCGUGCGGCAGCGGCGAGUGCGCCCCGCGGGGCUGGCGCUGCGACCGCGAGGAGGACUGCGCCGACGGCAGCGACGAGCGUGGCUGCGGCUGGCCCUGCGCGCCGCACCACGUGCCCUGCGCCCGCGGCCCGCACUGCGUGUCCCCUGAGCAGCUGUGCGACGGCGUGCCGCACUGCCCCGACGGCUCGGACGAGCGCCCAGAGGCCUGCGGCUCUACCCAGCUGCCCCCCUGCGGUGGCCUCUUCUCCUGUGGUUUGGCUCCCCAGCUGUGCCUGAGCCCCGAGCAGCUCUGUGAUGGGAUCUCUGACUGUUCCCAGGGCGAGGAUGAGCUGGGCUGCGAGGGGAUGACAGCCCCAGGAGGCCCCAACGGGACAAGGGUUCCCUGCCCGGAAUACUCCUGCCCUGAUGGCCUGUGCAUCAGUUUCCAGCUGGUGUGUGACGGGCAGCCUGACUGUGAAUUGGCAGGGACGGCAGGGCCUUCCCCAGAAGAGCAGGGCUGUGGGGCCUGGAGCCCCUGGGACCCGUGGGGUCCAUGCAGCAGGACGUGUGGGCCUGGGGUGCGGGCCCGGAGCCGCCGUUGCUCCCCACCUAGUCUCCCGGUGCUGCAGCACUGCCCAGGCUCUGAGCACCAGACUCAGGCCUGCUUCACGGCCGCCUGCCCCGUGGAUGGUGAAUGGACCUCUUGGUCUCCCUGGUCCCCGUGCUCCGAGCCAUGCACGGGCACCAUGACCCGGCAGCGGCAGUGUCACCCACCCCAGAAUGGGGGCCGGACCUGCGCCACGCUGCCCGGGGGCUCUCACGCCACCCACCAGACCAGGCCCUGCCCUCGGGACGGCUGCCUCAAUGCCACCUGCUCCGGGCAGCUGGUGUUCUGGCCCUGUGCUCCCUGUCCUCUGACUUGCGAUGAAGUCUCUGGUCGGGCUGUGUGCUCGGCUGACCAGCCCUGCAGCAGCCCAGGCUGCUGGUGCCCUGCCGGACAGGUGCUGGGCAGUGAGGGGCAGUGUGUGUGGCCCCGGCAGUGCCCCUGCCUGGUGGAUGGCACCCGCUACUGGCCUGGGCAGCGCAUCAAAGCCAGCUGCCAGCUGUGCAUCUGCCAGGAUGGGCGGCCCCAGCGCUGUCGGCCCGAUCCAGAUUGUGCCGUGAACUGUGGCUGGUCAUCCUGGUCCCCCUGGGCUGAGUGCCUGGGCCCUUGCGGGAGCCAGAGCAUCCAGUGGUCCUUCCGGAGCCCCAACAACCCCCGCCUCUCGGGCCAAGGUCGCCAGUGCCGGGGCAUCCACCGCAAGGCCCGCAGGUGCCGGACGGAGCCGUGUGAGGGCUGUGAGCAGCAGGGCCGGGUCCGCGGCGUAGGGGAGCGCUGGCGAGAGGGCCCCUGCGGAGUCUGCCAGUGUCUGCACGACAGCACUGUGCGCUGCUCCCCCUACUGCCCACUGGGCGGCUGCCCCCAGGACUGGGUCCUGGUGGAGGGAACGGGAGACUCGUGUUGCCACUGUGCCCUCCCUGGUGGUGAGAACCAGACGAUCCUCGCUAUGGCCACUCCUGCCCCUUCUCCAGCCCUCAGUCCCCAGAUCGGACCCCGUCUGGUCACCUACGUUCUGCCUCCACCUGGAGACCCCUGCUAUUCUCCGCUGGGCCUGGCCGGACUCCCCAGGGAAAACCUGCAGCUGGAGCUCCCCACCCAGGCUGCCCUCUUGGGGGCUCCCACCAGGGGGCCUGGCUAUCGGGGCGGGAGCACCAUCGAGAACACUCGCACUCAGCGGCACACUCUGCCCCCCUACCUGCAGAUGGACCUGCUGCUGCCCAGGAACCUCACUGGCAUCAUAGUGCAGGAGACUGGGUCCUUGGCCUUGCUGCAGUUCAGCACUGAUGGUCUACACUGGCACAACUAUAGUGACAUCCUGCCUGGCAUCCUGCCCCCAGCCAAGCUUUUCCUUAAGAACCUGGAUGAAGUGGCCCCCACAGUGUGGAUGUUUGGCCAGAUGGUGCAGACUCAGCAUGUCCGGGUGUGGCCCCGUGUCCCCCACAGUGACACCAACCACAGCACCUCCCCGUGGGUGGAGCUGCUGGGCUGUGAGCCAGUGUCUCCGCUGGUGGUGCCCCUGUGCCCAGGGGCUGGGCACCGCUGUGCCAGUGGUGAGUGUGCCCCAAGGGGAGGCCCGUGCGAUGGCGUGAAGGACUGUGAAGAUGGCUCUGAUGAAGAGGGCUGUGUGCCCCUGCCCGCGGACACUGGCAGAGUCUGGUCCACAGCCGGGACCCCAACUCUCUCCUCCACCCAGCCCGGACAGCUGUCCCCCCAGCCCAGCAAGGGUCUGGCAGAUGCAGAACGCUGGCGUCCCUGGCGAGGGUCAUCUGUACCCCCCACAGGGAAGGGGCCAGUGACUCAGGUCCCAGACUCCGAGGCUCCUCACUUGAGUCCUAGGGAAUCUGUGCAGACCAUGACCACCCCCCCCACCUCCCAGCCUGAGGCCAAGGCCCUGAGACCAGGAACGACAGCCAUGACAGAGCUCCCCCUGCACCCCAUGAGUCCAGUGGCCCCUGCUGGCCAGAGUGUCGCCCCGCCGCCCUUCCCACCUGUGCAGUGUAGCCCAGGCCAGGUGCCCUGUGAGGUGCUGGGCUGCGUGGAGCGGGAGCAGCUGUGUGAUGGGAGGGAGGACUGUCUGGACGGCUCCGAUGAGAGGCACUGUGCGAGCGCCGCGCCCUUCCCGGUGCCCACCGCGGCCCUGCCUGGGCUGCCGGCCUCGAAAGCCCUCUGCUCCCCGAGCCAGCUGAGCUGCGAUAGCGGGGAGUGCCUGCCGGCCGAGCGCCGCUGUGACCUGCGGCCUGACUGCCAGGACGGCUCUGACGAGGACGGCUGUGUGGACUGUGGGCUGGCGCCCUGGUCUGGCUGGAGCAGCUGCAGCCGCAGCUGUGGGCUGGGCCUCGCCUUCCAGCGCCGGGACCUGCUGCGGCCUCCCCUGCCUGGGGGCACCUGCCCGUCCGACAGGCUCCGCAGCCAGCCCUGCUUCCUGCAGGCCUGCCCAGUGGCUGGGGUGUGGGCUGUGUGGGAGGCCUGGGGGCCCUGCAGCGUCUCCUGUGGGGGUGGCCACCGAAGUCGGAGGAGGAGCUGCGUGGAUCCUCCGCCCAAGAAUGGUGGUGCUCCCUGCCCUGGGGCCUCCCAAGAGCGGGCACCCUGUGGCUUGCAGCCCUGCACGGGUGACACAGACUGUGGGCUGGGCCGUGUUCACAUCAGUGCUGAGCUGUGCCAGCAGGGGCUGGUGCCACCAUGUCCGCCGUCCUGCUUGGAUCCUGAGGCCAACAGAACCUGCAGUGGACGCUGUCUGGAAGGAUGCCGCUGCCCCCCUGGGCUUCUCCUCCAUGAUGGCCGCUGCCUGCCCCUCUCUGAGUGCCCUUGCCUGGUGGGCGAAGAGGUGAAGCAGCCGGGGGUGCCCUUCCUCCUGGACAACUGCAGCCGCUGCGUGUGCGAGAAAGGGGUCCUGGUGUGCGAGCCCGGGGGCUGCCCUGUGUCCUGUGGCUGGUCAGCUUGGUCCUCCUGGGGUCCCUGUGACCGCUCCUGUGGCUCUGGGGUGCGAACUCGGUUCAGGUCCCCUUCCAACCCUCCGGCUGCUUCUGGGGGUGCCCCGUGUGAAGGCAACAGGCAGGAGCUGCAGGCCUGCCACGUGGAAUGUGGGACAGAGACGCUGGGCUGGACGCUCUGGGAGCCCUGGUCCUCCUGCUCCAGGAGCUGCCUUACCCUUGGAGGAGGCCCUGGGUGGCGCAGUCGUUCCCGGCUCUGCCCCAACCCCGAGGACAACUCCUGCCCAGGAGAGGCCACCCAGGAGGAGCCCUGCAGCCCCCCUGUGUGCCCAGCGCAAAGCAUCUGGGGUCUGUGGGCUCCCUGGUCCACCUGCUCAGCCCCCUGUGAUGGGGGCAUCCAGGUUCGUGGGCGCAGCUGCUCCGGCUCCACCCCUGGGGACCCCGAGUGCCAGGGACCUCACAGCCAGACCAGGGACUGCAACACGCAGCCCUGCACAGCCCAGUGCCCAGGGGACAUGGUGUUCCGUUCGGCGGAGCAGUGCCGCCAGGACGGGGGCCCCUGCCCUCAGCUGUGCCUGGCUCAGGACCCUGGGGUGGAGUGUACCAGCUUCUGCGCCCCCGGCUGCGCCUGCCCCCCUGGCCUUUUCCUGCACAAUGCCAGCUGCUUGCCCCGCAGUCGGUGCCCCUGCCAGCUGCACGGGCAGCUCUAUGCACCGGGAGCAGCGGCUCGACUGGACUCCUGCAAUAACUGCACCUGUAUCUCCGGUGAGAUGGUGUGCACCUCAGAGCCCUGCCCAGUGGCCUGUGGUUGGAGCCCCUGGACCCCCUGGAGUCUCUGCAGCCACAGCUGCAACGUGGGCAUUCGGCGGCGCUUCCGGGCGGGCACCGCACCCCCAGCUGCCUUCGGGGGUGCUGCGUGCCAGGGCCCCAGUAUGGAGGCCGAAUUCUGCAGCCUGCGGCCGUGUCGGGGUCCUCGUGGGGAGUGGGGCCCCUGGUCUCCGUGCUCCGUGCCCUGCGGCGGUGGCUACCGGAACCGCACCCGAGGCAGUGGCCCGCACAGCCUUGUGGACUUCUCCACCUGUGGUCUGCAGCCCUGUGCAGGGCCGGUGCCUGGCAUGUGUCCCGGGGGCCAGCGGUGGCUGGACUGUGCCCAGGGCCCUGCCUCGUGUGCAGAGCUCAGUGUCCUGCAAGGGACUGACCAGACCUGCCACCCUGGCUGUUACUGUCCACCUGGGAUGUUCCUGCUGAACAACGUGUGUGUGCCCUCCCAGGACUGCCCCUGUGCCCAUGGGGGGCGCCUUUAUCCCCCGGGCAGCGUGGUGCUUCGUCCGUGUGAGAACUGCUCCUGUGUUUCUGGGCUCAUCACCAACUGCACCUCCUGGCCCUGUGAGGAGGGUCAGCCCACGUGGUCCCCCUGGACCCCGUGGAGCGAGUGCUCGGCCUCCUGUGGCCCUGCCCGACGCCACCGGCACCGUUUCUGCACCAGGCCCCCCACCGCGGAACCAUCCAUCCUGGGGCUGCCGUCCCCACUGACCUUGCCUACGCCUCUUUGCCCAGGCUCCGAUGCUGAGGAAGAGCCCUGCCUCCUGGCAGCAUGUGACCGAGCUGGGGGCUGGGGUCCUUGGGGGCCCUGGUCCAGCUGUAGCCGGAGCUGUGGGGGGGGCCUGAGGAGCCGGAUGCGAGCCUGUGACCAGCCUCCACCCCAGGGCCUGGGGGAUUACUGCGAGGGGCCUCAGGCCCAGGGAGAGGCCUGCCAGGCCCUGCCAUGCCCAGUGACCAACUGCACCACCAUUCAAGGGGCUGAGUACAGCCCCUGUGGCCCUCCCUGUCCUCGCUCCUGUGACGAUCUCGUGCACUGCGUGUGGCACUGCCAGCCCGGCUGUUACUGCCCUCCAGGCCAGGUGCUGAGUGCCGACGGGGACUUCUGCGUGCAGCCCAGCCACUGUGGCUGCCUGGACCUGCUGAGCGGGGAGCGGCACCGCCCAGGAGCUCGGCUGCUGAGGCCUGAUGGCUGCAACUACUGCACCUGUUCAGAGGGGAGGCUGAGCUGCACAGACCUGCCUUGCCCAGUGCCUGGUGGCUGGUGCCCAUGGUCGGAGUGGACGGCGUGCUCCCAGCCCUGCAGGGGCCAGACGAGGACCCGCUCCAGGGCCUGCGCUUGCCCCGCCCCUCAGCACGGGGGCGCCCCGUGUCCCGGGGAAGCAGGGGAGGCAGGGGCCCAGCAUCAGAAGGAGACCUGCCCCAGCUCGCCCGAGUGCCCAGUGGACGGAGCCUGGAGCCCAUGGGGACUGUGGUCUUCCUGUGACACGUGCCUGGGGCAGUCCCAUCGGAGCCGGGUGUGUAUCUGGCCCCCCACCCCUGAGGGAGGCAGGCCCUGCCCUGGGGGCCACAGGCAGAGUCGCCCCUGCCAGGACAAUUCCACAAAAUGCACAGAGUGUGGGGGUGGCCAGGGUCUUCUCCCCUGUGGGCGGCCCUGUCCCCGCUCCUGUCAGGACCUGUCUCCCGGGAGUGCGUGCCAGCCGGGCUCGACGGGCUGCCAGCCCAGCUGCGGGUGCCCCCCUGGCCGGCUGUUCCAGGACGGCCUCUGUGUGCCUCCUGCCCUCUGCCGCUGCCAGUACCAGCCUGGAGCCAUGGGGAUCCCUGAGAACCAGAGCCGGUCAGCAGGGCCUGGGCUCAGCUCCUGGGAGAGCCUGGAACCCGGAGAGAUGGUGACCGGGCCCUGUGACAACUGCACCUGUAUGGAGGGCGUCCUGCAGUGCCAGGAGGUGCCCAGCUGCCCUGGGCCUGGGGUGUGGGGCUCCUGGGGCCCCUGGGAGGACUGCAGUGUUUCUUGCGGGGGAGGGGAGCAGCUCCGCUCCCGGAGGUGUGCCCGGCCCCCCUGCCCUGGGCCUGCCCGCCAGAGCCGCACCUGCCGCACCCAGGUCUGCAGAGAGGCUGGCUGCCCGGCUGGACGUUUGUACCGGGAAUGCCGGCCCGGCGAGGGGUGUCCCUUCUCCUGUGCCCACGUCACUCGCCAGGUGGGCUGCUUCUCCACCGGCUGUGAAGAAGGCUGCCACUGCCCCGAGGGCACCUUCCAGCACCACCUGUCCUGUGUCCAGGAGUGCCCCUGUGUGUUGACCGCCUUGCUGCUGCAGGAGCUGGGGGCUGCCGGCACUGACCCGGGGGCUCACUCACCCAUUUUGGGAGAGGGCGGUCAGCCCCUUGGGCCUGGAGAUGAACUGGGCUCAGGCCAGACCCUCCGUACAGGCUGUAGCAACUGCUCUUGUGUGCAUGGGAGGCUGUCUUGUUCAGUGGGCAACUGCUCUAAGGCCGCUGAUGGCUUCAGUCCCUGGGGGCCGUGGGGCCCGUGUUCCCGCUCCUGUGGUGGGCUGGGCACCCGCACCCGCAGCCGCCAGUGUGUGCAAGCCUCACUCGCCCCGGGCAGCCAGGGCUGCCGAGGGACCCUCCAGGAGCUCAAGUACUGCCCCAGCCCAGACUGCCCAGGGGCUGAAGGGUCCACGGUGGAGCCAGUGACCAGCCUUCCAGGCGGCUGGGGCCCAUGGUCUCCGUGGUCCCCGUGUUCUCGCACCUGCACAGACCCCGCUCACCCUGCUUGGCGUGGCCGCGCUCGCCUCUGCCUGGCAAACUGCACCGGGGGGGACACUUCACAGGAGCGCCCUUGCAACCUGCCCUCCUGCACAGAGCUGCCGCUGUGCCCCAGCCCUGGCUGCGUGGCCGGGAACUGUUCCUGGACGGCCUGGGCCCCGUGGGAACCUUGCUCCCGAAGCUGCGGGGUGGGCCAGCAGCGCCGGCUGCGGGCGUACCACCCCCCGGGGCCCGGCGGGCACUGGUGCCCUGACAUCCUCACCGCUUACCAGGAGCACCGCUUCUGCAGCCUGCGGGCUUGCCCAGUGCCUGGAGGCUGGUCACGCUGGAGCCCCUGGUCCUGGUGUGACCGGAGCUGUGGGGGGGGCCGGUCCCUGAGGAGCCGCAGCUGCUCGAGCCCCCCGCCCAAGAACGGGGGUGCCCCCUGUGGGGAGAGGCACCACGUGCGGCUCUGCAAUCCCGGGCCCUGUGAGCAGGGCUGCCCAGCGGGCAUGGAGAUGGUCAGCUGUGCCAACCGCUGCCCCCGCCGCUGCUCAGACCUCCAGGAGGGGGUCGUGUGUCAGGACGGCCAGGACGGCCAGGCCUGCCAGCCGGGCUGCCGCUGCUCCGAGGGCUUCCUGGAGCAGGACGGAGGCUGUGUGCCGAUCGGGCACUGCGAGUGUACGGAUGCCCAGGGCCACAGCUGGGCCCCAGGGAGCCAGCACCGGGAAGCCUGCCUCACCUGCACUUGCCGGGCCGGGCGGCUUUCCUGCACGGCUCAGCCCUGCCCACCGCCUGCCCACUGCGCCUGGAGCCGCUGGUCAGCCUGGAGUCCCUGCAGCCACUCGUGUGGGCCCGGAGGGCAGCAGAGCCGCUUCCGGUCCUCCACGUCUGGCCCAUGGGCUCCAGAGUGCCGGGAGGAGCAGUCCCAGAGCCGGCCCUGCCCUCAGCCCCCAUGCCCACCCCUGUGCCUGCACGGUGCCCGCCUCCACACCUUGGGGGACAGCUGGCUGCAGGGCGAGUGCCAGCAGUGCUCCUGCACCCCGGAGGGCAUCAUAUGUGAAGACAUCGAGUGUGCAGUACCCAGGGCUUGGACGCUGUGGUCCCCUUGGUCUGAAUGCCCCGUCUCCUGUGGAGGUGGAAACCAGGUUCGCACCCGGGACUGCGUGGCCUCGACCCCUCACCGCAGCGGGGCCCCCUGCCUGGGCCCUGGUACCCAGACCCAGAGCUGUGGACGGCAGCCUUGCCUGGGGCUGCUGGACGCCUGCUCCUGGGGCCCCUGGGGGCCCUGUUCCCGCAGCUGCGGCCCCGGCCUGGCCUCCCGCUCUGGGUCCUGCCCCUGCCCGCUGGCCAGAGCCGACCCCACCUGCAACAGCACCUUCCUGCACCUGGACACCCGGGCCUGCUACCCGGGGCCCUGCCUGGAGGAGUGUGUGUGGAGCAGCUGGAGCAGCUGGACGCGAUGCUCCUGUCGGGUGCUGGUGCAGCAGCGCUAUCGGCACCAGGGACCAGCGCCCGGAGGGGCGGGGACGGGGGCGGGCCCCCCCUGCACACGACUGGACGGCCACUUCCGGCCUUGCCCCCUCGGCAACUGCUCUGAGGACAGUUGCACACCUCCCUUUGAGUUCCAGGCCUGUGGCUCCCCCUGUGCCGGGCUCUGUGCCACGCACCUGAGCCGUCGGCUCUGCCAGGACCUGCCACCCUGCCAGCCUGGCUGCUACUGCCCUGAGGGGCUGCUGGAGCAGGCUGGGGGCUGCAUUCCCCCAGAGCAGUGUAGCUGCCUACACAUCACAGGGGAAGGAGCCAGGGUGACUCUGGCUCCCGGGGACCGCCUGCAGCUGGGCUGCAAAGAGUGUGAAUGCCGGCGUGGGGAGCUGAAGUGCACCAGCCAGGGCUGUCAAGGUCUUCUGCCUCUGAGCGGGUGGUCCGAGUGGUCACCCUGUGGGCCUUGCCUGCCCCCUGGUGUGCUGGCCCCCGCCUCCAGGACUGCCCUAGAGGAGCGCCGGUCUCAGCACCCAGCUGGCCUCUCCCCGACCUUGGCCCCCUUGCUGGCUUCGGAGCAGCACCGCCAUCGCCUCUGUUUGGACCCGGAGACUGGGAGGCCAUGGGCUGGGGACCCAGACCUGUGCACUGCACCACUCAGCCAGCAACGCCUCUGCCCGGACCCUAGGGCCUGCCAUGACUUAUGCCAGUGGAGUCCUUGGGGGCCCUGGAGCCCCUGUCAGGUGUCGUGCAGUGGGGGCUUCCGGCUACGCUGGAGGGAGGCAGGGGGCCCCCCUGGAGGAGGCUGCCGGGGGCCUUGGGCUCAGACUGAGAGCUGCAACGUGGAGCCCUGCCCAGGGGAGAGCUGUGAAGCCCAGGACACCGUGCCCACCCUUGACUGUGCCAACCAGUGCCCUAGAAGCUGUGUGGACCUCUGGGACCGCGUGCAGUGUCUGCAGGGACCAUGCCGUCCAGGCUGCCGCUGCCCCCCUGGCCAACUGGUGCAGGAUGGGCGCUGUGUGCCCAUCUCCUCCUGCCGCUGUGGCCUCCCCAGCCCCAAUGCCUCAUGGGUGGUGGCCCCAGCCGAGGUGGUACAGCUGGACUGCAAAAACUGCACCUGUACCAACGGGUCCCUGGUGUGCCCACGCCAUGAGUGCCCAGUCCUUGGGCCUUGGUCAGCCUGGAGCAGCUGCUCUGCUCCCUGUGGUGGGGGCAGCAUGGGGCGACGUAGGAGCUGUGAGGAGGGUCCUAUAGGGGCGCCAUGCCAGGCCCAGGACACAGAGCAACGGCAGGAAUGUAACCCGCAGCCCUGCCCUGAGUGCCCGCCUGGCCAGGUGCCCAGUGCCUGUGCCGCUUCGUGCCCACGCCUCUGCUCGCAUCUGCAGCGUGGUGCCCUCUGUGCGCAGGAACCCUGCCGGCUCGGCUGUGGCUGCCCCGGAGAGCAGCUGCUGCACAAUGGCACGUGCGUGCCCCCUGCGGCGUGCCCCUGCACCCAGAUCUCUCUGCCCUGGGGCCUUACCUUGACUCUUGAAGAACAGGCCCGGGAGCUUCCCCCAGGAACUGUGCUCACCUGGAACUGCACGCGCUGUAUCUGCCAAGAUGGAGCCUUCAACUGCUCCCCAGCUGACUGUCGUGAGUGCCCCUCCGGGGAAAUGUGGCAGCAGGUGGCCCCUGGGGAGCCAGGGCCCUGCGAGCGGACGUGCCGGGAGCCCAAUGCCACGGAGACCCAGGGCAGCUGCGGUGUGGGGCAGGCCCCAGGCUGUGUGUGCCAGCACGGACACUUCCGCAGCCAGGCGGGCCCCUGCGUGCCCAUAGACCGCUGCGAGUGCUGGCACCGUGGGCGUCCCCACCCGCCUGGAUCCGAAUGGCAGGAGGCCUGUGAGAGCUGCCGCUGCCUCCGUGGGAGGAGUGUCUGCACCCAGCACUGCCCCCUCCUCACCUGUGCCCAGGGCGAGGUGACCGUGCAGGAACCAGGGAGCUGCUGUCCCACUUGCCGCCGAGAGGCUCCGGAGGGGCAGGCGGCCUCCUGCCGGCAUCUCACGGAGCUGCGCAACGUCACCAAGGGCGCCUGCUACCUGGACCAGGUGGAAGUGAGCUACUGCAGUGGGCACUGCCCGUCCAGCAUCAGCGUCAUGCCUGAGGAGCCAUACCUGCAGAGCCAGUGCGACUGCUGCAGCUACAGCCUGGACCCCGAGAACCCGGUGCGGGUCCUGCACCUGCGCUGUCCCGACGGCCACGCGGAGCCCGUGGUGCUGCCGGCCAUCCGCAGCUGCCAGUGCAGCGCCUGCCAGGGAGGUGAUUUCUCAAAGCACUGACGGUCCCGCUGGAUGAGGCUGCCCAGCCACCACCCCUCGUGCGAUCACCGGGCCCAGAGGCACCGACCCCCUCCUCCCGUGCCCACCCAUCCACUCCAUGCCCUGGUACCAGCAUAUCCCAAAUAAAGUGACAUCAGCAGCAA